AUGUCACAGCCUCCAACCCCUCCCAAAGCCAUCCUUUUCGACAUUGGUGGGGUCGUUGUCAUAAGCCCUUUCCAAGCGAUUCUCGAUUACGAAAUUGAGAACGGAAUACCAGUCGGUUAUAUCAACUACGCAAUACAAAAAGGCCCUCACGACACGGGCGCAUGGCAACUCAUCGAACGCGGUGAGGUCGAGCUGAACGACGACUGGUUCGCCUCCUUCAAGUCACAACUCUCGCGCCCUGAGAUCUGGCGCGAAUAUCUUGCCAAAGUCACCCAACAACAGUCGCUCGGCGGCGGCGGCGGUUCAGCCAUCGAGGGCGGCAAACCACCACGCGUUCCAGCGAUUGACGCAAAGAAGCUCUUCUGGCGGAUGAUGAAGAUCUCUCGCGAACCAGACCCAUACAUGUACCCAGCGCUCCGCAAGUUGAAGGAGAGCGGGAAGUUUGUCCUCGGCGCGUUCAGCAACAACGUCACCUUUCCGACUGACAUCCUCGACGACGAAGGUGUGCUCUUCACCAAAGAGUUACAGCACCGUCCGCACCCGAACCCACACGCAAACGACUCUACAGACAUUACUACGAACUUCAAUAUCUUCUUGGGAAGCGCAGCGGUGGGUGUUCGAAAGCCGGAUCCAGAGGCCUAUAAGUUGGCGACAAGUGAGAUGAGUAAGAUCAGUGAGGGAAAGGGGAAGGGAAAAGUCACAGAGGGUGACGUGCUGUUCUUGGAUGACAUCGGAAUCAAUUUAAAGUUUGCAAAAAAGACUGGGUUGAGGACCAUCAAGGUCAACCUAGGACAGACGAGAGAUGCAGUGAAAGAAUUAGAGGUGGCGACAGGGUUGAGAUUGCUUGAUGAUAGAGCAAAGCUGUGA